AUGCCGUCCAACAAUUCCCCAGGUUCUCCACCCCCACUGAAAAUAGCCUUCACAUAUGACUCUCGAUCUGAAUGGCUAGCACGGGGAUUUUCUCCUGAGCAGUGUGCCGAGUUUGACAGCGACAAAACAAUCGAAGGAAUCGCUAUUUCGCUGAGAAAGCGAGGUAGAGUGCAGAUGGUUGGGGGAUUGAAAAAUCUCGUUACAACCCUCGCUACCUCCAAGCCCGAUUGGGACAUUGUUUUCAACAUCUGUGAGGGCUACGGAAGUCCGGGUCGAGAAGCUCAGGUUCCUGCACUUCUUGAGGCAUGGGACAUACCGUACACCUUUUCUGACUCAGCCACGCUGGGUUUAUGUUUAGACAAGGCCAAAACGAAGAUGGUACUCGAUCAUUACGGCGUACCUACUGCACCAUUUGCAUGUGUUCCGCCUAGAAUUACAUGGGCGCGAGAAAGCGUUUCUCACAAAGUCGUAAUCAGCAAGUCUCCCCACGCCACAGCGUUGCAAUCAUUUCCUCUUUUCGUUAAGCCUGCUGGGGAGGGCACGGGUUUGGGAAUCGCCCAAGCUAACAAAGUUACUGAUGACGAACAACUCGCAAAAGUCGUCGACGACCUGACUCAGCGUUACCCAACACAAACAAUCCUGAUCGAACGAUUCCUUAGGGGACGCGAAUUUACCGUCGGCAUCAUCGGGACAGGCGCAGAAGCUAGAGCAGUUGGGGUCCGAGAAAUAGUUUUCCUCAAAGGUAAUCCAGGGCACCACAUCAAUCCCAACACUGUAUACACCAGCACGGAUCCAACCCUUCUAGAGGUGGACGUGUAUGGUUACGACUUGAAGCGUGUCAGCCACCCAAACCCUCAAUACGUUGAACUCGAUUUAUCCGGUGACCCGAUAGCACAGAGAGUGGCAGAAGUCGCCGUAAGGGCCUGGAUAUGUCUAGGAUGUCGUGAUGGUGGUCGUGUAGAUGUUCGCAAUGACUCCGAGAGUGACGAUGCAAUUCCGAAUGUUAUUGAGGUGCGAAACUCUCGCCCCGGAGCGCUGAAGCUCUGA